AUGACUACAGUUGUUGCUUCACCAGGGCAGGAACCUGAUCGGCAGAUAGAAGUGCAGUACUCAGAUACUAAGGUAGUUGGUAGUGGUUCCUUUGGUGUCGUCUAUUUAGCUGAAUUGAUCGACACAGGUGAAAAAAUUGCAAUCAAGAAGGUACUCCAGGAUAAGCGGUUCAAGAAUCGCGAAUUACAAAUAAUGAGAAAGUUAAAUCAUAAGAAUGUUGUGCAACUCAAAUACUUCUUUUAUUCAGGGGGUGAAAAGAAGGACGAACUCUAUUUGAAUCUGAUUUUAGAAUUUGUGCCGAAGACAGUUUACCGUGUGGCCAGACAUUACUCCAAGUUGCGACAAACGGUACCUAUUAUAUACGUCAAGUUGUACAUGUUCCAGUUGUUUCGAGCUCUGGCAUACAUCCAUCGACUUGGAAUUUGCCACAGAGAUAUCAAACCACAGAACUUGCUCAUCGAUACUGAAACUGCUGUGCUUAAACUUUGUGACUUCGGUUCAGCCAAAUAUCUUAUUCAAGAUGAGCCAAAUGUUUCCUAUAUUUGUUCUCGUUAUUAUCGUGCUCCAGAGCUUAUUUUCGGUGCCACCAAUUAUACGAACAGCAUCGAUAUGUGGUCAGCAGGAACGGUUCUAGCAGAACUUUUGUUGGGACAACCGAUAUUUCCUGGUGAUUCUGGAGUUGAUCAGCUUGUCGAAAUUAUCAAAGUUCUUGGUACUCCGUCAAAAACACAUAUUCAUGAGAUGAACCCUGAUUAUAAGGAACGCACUUUCCCACCUAUCAAACCGCGCCCGUGGAUACGUGUUUUCCGUUCAAAUACAAAUCUGGAAGCAAUCGAUCUUGUAUCACUUGUACUUGUUUAUUCACCACAUCAACGACCUAGCCCACUAGAAGCUUGCGCACAUUUGUUUUUCGAUGUGUUGCGCAAUCCAGGAACAAAGUUACCAAACGGACGUGUUAUUCCUUCAUGUACAGAUUUUACUUCUGAAGAACUAUACUGUACUCCCGCAAUUGCAUCGUUGCUUUGUGCUACUCAGGAGAGGAAAGUGCGUCUGGUGGAUAAUGACGAAACAAUAAAUAGUUUGUGA